AUGGCGGACGAGAAGAUGAAGGGAAUGGAGCAUUCCGAGGUUCACUACUUCAACAGUUACAACCACCAUGGUAUCCACGAGGAAAUGUUGAAGGAUGAAGUCCGCACCCGAUCAUACAUGAAUGCCAUUGUACAAAACAAGCACCUCUUCAAAGACAAGAUCGUCCUCGAUGUCGGCUGCGGAACCGCAAUUCUCUCCAUGUUCGCCGUCAAGGCUGGGGCAAAGCACGUUAUCGGCGUCGACAUGUCCACCAUCAUCGAGAAGGCCAGGGAGAUUGUCGAGGUCAAUGGUAUGGCCGACAAGAUCACCCUGCUGCAGGGCAAGAUGGAGGAGGUCGAGCUGCCGUUUCCCAAGGUCGAUAUCAUCGUCUCCGAGUGGAUGGGAUACUUCUUGCUCUACGAGUCCAUGCUGGAUACUGUUCUGUACGCCCGCGACAAGUACCUUGCGCCGCAGGGACUGAUCUUCCCGGACAAGGCGACUAUCUUCAUGGCUGCUAUCGAGGACGGCGAUUACAAGGAUGAGAAGAUAGGAUUCUGGGACAACGUCUACGGCUUCGACUACUCCCCGCUCAAGCACACCGCCCUCACCGAGCCACUCGUCGACACCGUCGAGAUCAAAGCCGUCGUGACGGAUCCGCUCGCCGUCCUCACCCUCGACCUCUACACCUGCACAACCGCCGACGUCGCCUUCUCCACCCCCUUCGUCCUCGAUUGCCGCCGCGAUGAUUUCGUGCACGCCUUGAUCGCCUGGUUCGAUAUCGACUUCACCGCCUGCCACAAGCCGAUCCGCUUCAGCACCGGUCCCCACACCAAGUACACACACUGGAAGCAGACUGUGUUCUACCUACGCGAGGUGCUGACCGUGCAGCAAGGCGAACAGAUCCGCGGCACGCUGGAAAACAAGCCGAACGAGAAGAACAAACGGGACCUGGACGUCAAGAUCUCGUAUAGGCUGGAGACGGACGAUAUCACGCGGCAGGCGGAAGGAAGCGCGGAGUACAAGAUGUGCUAG